AUGAACACUGUAGUGAUCAUAUCAAUUGGAACACAGUUCAUGCACAUAGCUCUCUUCCAUCAAGCUGGUUAUCUGAAUCAGGCUCAAUGGGAUGGUUUGACAGGACGGAUAGUCCUUAACAAGACUGAUGGUCUGCGGAAAGAGUUCAACUUAGACCUCAUCAGCCUCAAGGAGGAUGGCACAGCGAAGCGAGCGGCUGAUGCUGCAUCACGUCCAACUAAAUUAUGGACAAAGAUUGGAGUGUGGAACUCUUACACCGGCCUCAACCUGACUGAGAUGAUAGACAGCAAAAACAUCACAGACUCUCUGGCUAACAGAACACUUAUCGUCACCACAAUCCUGGAAAACCCUUACGUUAUGUAUAAGAAGUCUGACAAGGUGCUCUAUGGGAACGAUCGCUUUGAGGGUUACUGUCUAGACCUGCUAAAGGAGCUCUCCAACAUCCUAGGAUUCACGUAUGAAGUCAAGCUGGUUUCCGAUGGGAAAUAUGGAGCUCAGAAUGACAAAGGCGAAUGGAACGGCAUGGUGCGGGAACUAAUCGAUCAUAUAGCUGACCUGGCUGUGGCUCCACUAACUAUCACUUAUGUCAGAGAGAAAGUUAUUGACUUCUCCAAACCCUUCAUGACCCUGGGCAUCAGCAUACUGUACCGCAAACCAAAUGGCACCAAUCCAGGUGUCUUCUCCUUCCUCAACCCUCUCACCCCGGAUAUUUGGAUGUAUGUGCUGCUGGCCUGUCUUGGAGUGAGCUGUGUGCUCUUUGUUAUAGCCAGGUUUACGCCGUAUGAAUGGUAUAACCCUCACCCCUGCAACUCCUCUUCUGAAGUGAUUGAGAACAACUUCACACUGUUGAAUAGUUUAUGGUUUGGUGUUGCGGCUCUAAUGCGUCAAGUUUCCUCUGGUGUAAUGGAUCUGAUGCUGGUGAAGAGAGGCUUGUAG